GUCAGUUUGUCACUAACUCCCGUUAUCAUUCUGAAAUUGCAUCGCCGUUGUUCAUUGACGACUUGUUUUGUUUUUCGAAUUAUUUAAUUCGAAAAAAUUAUAGCUUCCACGUUCAUAAAUAUUUCCACGAUCAAAUCCCGGUGCUCUGUAGCUUACUUACUUCCGACUUACGGUUCAUUUUGAACAAGUAUCCACACUCGGCAGUGGUGUUACGAGUUUUAUUUGGAAAGUUUCUGAUAUUAUUUUCAAAUUUGUAUUUUACUUUACAAACUGAAUAUUUACUGCUUUGUCGAGUUAAACCUAACUUUGAUACUAAAAUGUAUCCGUAAGCCGUCGCUGUUAUUUGAUGAUUUCUUCUGAAGAGUAUUCAGAAAAUAUGGAGGAAGCCCAAGAAACUGACAUUAGCAUAUUGGUAUCUGAUGUAAAUAAUAUUGCAAUAGAAGAAUCAGAAGUUAAUAAAUCUAUUUCUGAAAAUAAACCUUUACCUAGCAGUUCAGAACAAUCAAAUUCAUAUGAAAAUUUAUUUGAUCAAUUAAAGGGGCACAAUAAGCAUAUAUUUGUUCUUAGUACAGCUGGUAAACCAAUAUACACACGGUUUGGAAAUGAAAAUCAGUUGGCUUCUCUUUUUGGUCUAAUGUUGGCAUUAAUGUCAGUGACUCAAGAUUCAAAUGAUACACUACAAUCAAUUUGUUGUGGUCGUACUCGAAUAGUAUUUGUGAACAAAGAUCCAAUCAUAUUAGUUGGUGUAUCUCAACGUUCUGAACCUUAUGAUCAAAUUAAAAAACAACUAAUAUAUGUGUAUAAUAAUAUAAUCAGUACGCUGACCCUAACUCAGUUAAAAAAAAUCUUUCUCAAUAGAACUAAUUUUGAUUUGCGGCGAUUAAUGAGCGGAUCUGAAAGACUCAUUGACAAGCUUAUAACUUUUACCGAAAAUGAUCCAGGGUUUUUAUUAGACUCCAUUAGUUGUCUUCAAAUGCCAUCUAAUAGCAGAGAUAAAAUAACACAAACUAUUUUAACAGAAUGCAGUAAAAUAAAAAAUUUAGUAUUUGGUUUAUUAAUUGCUCAAAAACACAUAAUUUCAAUUGUACGUAUGAAAAAAUAUUCUUUGCAAGUUUCUGAUAUUCAUUUAAUUUUGAAUCUUAUCAAUUCAACUGAAUCUUUUAAGACGGCAGAAAGUUGGACACCUAUAUGUUUACCUACAUUUGAUUCUAGUGGUUAUAUGCAUGCUCACAUCUCAUAUUUAGCUGAAGAUUGUCAAGCAUGUCUUGUUCUAUUGACUAUUGAUCAUGACCUUUUUUUUACUCUUUCUGAAGCAAAAAGAAAAAUUACUGAGAAAAUGCGUCGUAAUGAUUGUCUUCAAGCAAUUAAUGAUGCUAUUAUUCGUCAACCGUUAAGUUUAGCACGAGCCAAUAUCCUUGGAUUAAGGCAUCUUCUGUACAAGAUCAAAAACCGGUCUCAACAUUGGUGCCCCCCAUUUACAUUACCAUAUAAUACUGAUACACUGCAACAAAACCUUAUGUCAGUGUAUUGUUCAUUAAUUAGUCAAAUGAAUUUCCCUGGACGCAAUUUGAAAGUUAUUUAUCAACAAUUAACGUCUGAAACUAUAGUUGCUUGGGCUACGGAUGAAGUUGAAUUAUACAUGUGCUUUGAACCAAUGGUUUCUAAAGAAUGUGCAACAAAUGCAGUAACCAAACUGACACAGUGGAUGAAGAAAGAAGAAGACUCGUUAUUUAUAUUUAAUAUCCCAAUGUUUUAAUGUUGCCAUUUCAGGCUGUUUGAGUCUAUAUUUUGUGAUAAUAAUAAUAAAUUAUUUAUUAAACUAUUUUUAAGGAUAA